AAAUUUAUUAAAAAUUUACUCACUUCGGCAUUUUCAAAUUUUUAAUGUUUGUUUUGAAUAGAUUUUAACAAAUUACAGCUUGUUUCAAUGUGUAUAGCAAAGCGCAUAUUUCGUUUGCAUAGCAUUGUCUAUAUCAUGCUCAAGCUGAUAGCAGGUUACAUUAUUUCACCAAGCUUAUAAUAUUUAUAUACGCUCUUAAUUUUGCUACUGGUAUCAAUUGUAUUCGUUUCGUGAAGAAUAGUUUUGUUCCAUCUGUUCACAAUUGCAAAUGUCAAAACUGUUCUCAUGUUAUUAGUCUGUUCAAUAUUGUGCACACGGUGUAUAAAAGACGUUGCUAAAAACUGUAUCUCGACAAUAUUAAUUGUGAUUGUAUACCUCAAAUAAAUAAAAGCGUGGCAAAUAUGUCUAUUAAAUUAACUGCAAAUGUUAAUAAUCCACCUAUUAGUGGUCUUGCUACUGCUCAUCUAAUCAAUGAUGCCGUACCUGUCGAAAUCGUUUGGGGGAACGAAACUUCAUUAGAGUUGCCGGGAAAUCGCCGUUUAGUAUGUCAUUCAAAUAAUGACGUACUACGUGCACUUGCUCGUGCAGCUCCUGACUAUAAAUUAUAUGGAGAAACUGCAAUCGAGCGUACACAAAUAGAUCACUGGCUAUCAUUUUCGCUUACCUGCGAGGAAGACAUUUCGUGGGCAAUGUCUUUUCUAGAUAAAUCCAUAGCUCCGGUAACAUUUUUAGUUUCAAACAAACUAACAAUAGCAGAUUUUGCGUUAUUUAAUGAAAUGCACUCACGUUACGAAUUCUUAAGUGCUAAAGGUAUACCACAACAUGUCCAGCGCUGGUACGAUUUGAUAUCAGCACAACCACUUAUUCAAAAAGUUUUAACCACUUUACCGGAAGAAGCUCGUUCAUCUGUCAAACGCAUCAAUCGUACUAAUGGAAUAAAGGAUCGCGAGACAACACCUUCAAAAACAAGUGAACGUAAACAAGAAGGAAAAUUCGUUGAUUUGCCGGGUGCAGAAAUGGGAAAAGUUAUAGUUCGUUUUCCACCAGAAGCUUCAGGAUUUUUGCAUAUAGGACAUGCCAAAGCCGCUCUUCUUAAUCAAUAUUAUGCUCUAGCAUUUGAUGGUACUUUAAUUAUGCGAUUCGAUGAUACAAAUCCAGCAAAAGAAACAGUUGAAUUUGAAAAUGUUAUUUUGGGCGAUUUGGAGCUCCUGGAAAUAAAACCAGAUUUGUUUACGCACACAUCAAAUUACUUCGACCUUAUGCUAACAUACUGCGAGCAAAUGAUUAACAAUGAUAAAGCAUAUGUGGAUGAUACACCACCAGAUCAGAUGAAACUUGAACGUGAACAAAGAGUAGAAUCUCACAAUCGCACUAACGAUGCCAAGAAAAACAUGUCGAUGUGGCAGGAAAUGAUAAAGGGUACUGAAUAUGGGCAGAAAUGUUGUGUCCGAGCGAAAAUCGAUAUGCAAUCUGCAAAUGGUUGUAUGCGUGAUCCAACUAUUUAUCGUUGUAAAAAUGAACCUCAUCCACGAACUGGCACAAAAUAUAAGGUUUAUCCAACAUAUGAUUUUGCAUGUCCCAUAGUUGAUGCAAUUGAAAAUGUUACACAUACUUUACGCACAAUGGAAUACCACGAUCGCGAUGAACAAUUCUACUGGUUCAUUGAUGCAUUAAAACUUCGUAAGCCAUAUAUAUGGGAGUACAGCCGUUUAAAUAUGACUAACACUGUUCUGUCGAAACGUAAAUUAACCUGGUUCGUUGAUUCUGGACUUGUUGAUGGAUGGGAUGAUCCUCGUUUUCCUACUGUUAGAGGAAUCAUACGUCGUGGUAUGACAGUUGAGGGUCUUAAGGAAUUUAUUAUAGCACAGGGAUCCAGUAAGUCUGUAGUGUUUAUGAAUUGGGAUAAAAUAUGGGCAUUUAAUAAAAAGGUUAUUGAUCCGAUUGCACCGCGAUACACUGCCUUGGAAUAUAACAAUCGUGUAUUAGUUAAUGUAGCUGGAGCAAAAACUGAACGUAUAGAAGUACCUGUGCAUCCCAAAAAUGAAAGUCUCGGCAAGAAAUCAAUAACACUCGCACCACAAAUUUAUAUUGACCAAGUCGAUGCAGAAGCGCUGAAGGAAGGAGAAAACACUACUUUUAUUAACUGGGGAAAUCUUUUGAUAAAUAAAAUAAAUAAAGAUACAAAUGGUAAAAUCACUUCCAUUGAUGCUUCGUUAAAUUUGGAUAAUAAGGACUUCAAGAAAACGCUAAAACUUACUUGGUUAGCUGUUGAAAAUGAUGUACGAGAGUACCCACCAACUUUCUGUGUAUAUUUCGAUCACAUCAUAAGUAAACCGGUACUGGGAAAAGAUGAAGACUUUAAACAAUUUAUAGGGCACAAGACUCGGGAAGAAGUUGAAAUGCUAGGUGAUCCAGAAUUAAAGAAAUGUAAAAAAGGCGAUAUUAUACAAUUGCAACGUCGUGGUUUCUUUAAAGUCGAUAAUGCAUACGCCCCGCCAAGUGUUUACAGUGGUGUCACAUCACCAAUUGUGCUAUUCUCCAUUCCUGAUGGACAUACGAAAGAUAUGCCAUCUUCUGGUUUGAAAAUUAAUGCUGCAACUGCAACAGACACAAAUAAAAACGUUGCUCCAUUGUCAAAAAAACAGAACGAAUCCGAUUUGGAUAAGAAAAUAGUUAACCAAGGCGAUUUUGUACGCAUUCUUAAAAAUAAAAAGGCACCAAAAGCUGAAAUCGACGUCGAAGUCAAAAAGCUGCUUGAACUCAAGGCAGUCUACAAGUCAUCAACUGGCAAAGACUGGAAACCUGGACAGAGUGCAACAAAUACACAAAGUGCCACGACCACAUCAGGCGAUGCGCACACACUAAAUGAAAAAAUAAUUACACUUGGAGAUUCUAUACGUGAAUUGAAAUCUAAAAAGGAAUCAAAAACAAUCAUAGAGACUCAAGUUAAAGCCCUUUUAGAUCUCAAGGCUGAGUAUAAAUCAGUUACUGGACAAGAUUGGAAGCCAGGAGUAGUUGCACCAAUCGUUGUCAAAAAGGAAAAGUCUUUAGAUGCUGUUGAUAGCAGUAUAAUCGAGUCUUUACUAAGCAAAAUAACUCAACAAGGGGAUAAAAUUCGAGAACUUAAGUCUGCAAAAGCAAACAAAGCUACCAUAGAGCCAGAAGUAAAAGUAUUACUUGCACUUAAAACGGAUUAUAAAAAUCUAACAGGUCAGGAUUGGAAAAUUGGCGCUACAGCACCUCAGCAAACCGAUGUCACAGCGGAAGUAAUAAAAAUUGAUCUAACCAGUGAAUCAAAUAAUUCAGAGUUAGAAAGCAUUUUAGAAAAAAUCCAAAGUCAGGAUAACAAAAUCCGUGAAUUAAAAUCGCAGAAAGCUCCUAAAUCAUCUAUAGAACCAGAAGUUCAAAUUUUACUUAAACUAAAGUCUUCGUAUAAAACACUAACAGGUAAAGAUUGGACACCUGAAGCAAAAAUGGACAGAACUAAAGCAGCAACUACACCUAACAUAUCUUCGGCAACCGAAAAAGAACUACUUACGAAAGAAAUAAACGAGCAAGGCGAGAAAGUGCGUACAGCUAAAACCAAAAACGCAUCAAAGGACGUAAUUGACGCUGAAGUUAAGAAGUUAUUAGCGCUUAAAGCUAAAUACAAAGAAGUUACUGGCACAGAUUUCCCCGUAGCUGGACGUGGAAGUAGCAGUUCUGCAAAGAAAACCAACGAAAAAGCUACUAAGACCCAAAAAACUGAAUUGAAAAAUGCCUCGAAAACGGAAACACCAACUGGCGCUGUUAAGAAACAAACUCGUUUAGGCCUUGAAGCAACCAAAGAAGACAAUCUGCCUGAGUGGUACACACAAGUUAUAACCAAAGGUGAACUUAUUGAAUACUAUGACGUUUCCGGCUGUUACAUUCUACGACAUUGGUCAUUUGCUAUUUGGAAGUAUAUAAGAUCUUGGUUUGAUGGCGAAAUAACAAAAAUGGGGGUAAAAGAAUGUUAUUUCCCGAUGUUUGUUUCAAAAGCAGCUUUAGAAAAGGAGAAAACGCAUAUUGCUGACUUUGCACCUGAAGUAGCUUGGGUUACUAAAUCCGGUGAGUCUGAUUUAGCUGAGCCAAUUGCAGUACGUCCAACGUCUGAAACAGUUAUGUAUCCUGCAUAUGCAAAAUGGGUUCAGUCAUAUCGUGAUUUACCGAUUCGCCUAAAUCAAUGGAAUAACGUAGUCCGUUGGGAAUUUAAACAUCCGCAACCAUUUUUACGUACACGAGAAUUUCUUUGGCAAGAGGGACAUAGCGCUUUUGCAAACAAAUCCGAAGCUGAAAAAGAAGUUUUAGAUAUAUUAGAAUUGUAUGCACAAGUCUACACAAAUCUCAUGGCAAUACCAGUCGUUAAAGGACGAAAAACGGAAAAGGAGAAAUUUGCAGGUGGUGAUUACACAACUACAGUUGAAGCAUUUAUAUCUGCUUCAGGUCGUGCAAUUCAGGGCGCAACAAGCCAUCAUUUAGGACAAAACUUUUCAAAAAUGUUUGAAAUCGUUUUCGAAGAUCCGGAAACUCAGCAAAAAGAAUUUGCAUGGCAGAAUUCAUGGGGUAUAACAACGCGUACUAUUGGUGUUAUGAUUAUGGUUCAUUCUGAUAAUCAAGGAUUGGUUUUGCCGCCACAUAUAGCGUGCAUUCAAGCAAUCAUUGUACCAUGUGGAAUUACUGUUAACACGAAAGAAGAUGAACGGGAACAAUUAAUGCAAUCAUGUAAAAAUCUCGAAAGACAAUUGAGUGCGAAAGGUAUACGUUGCGAAGGAGAUUACCGUGAUAAUUACUCUCCAGGCUGGAAAUUCAAUCAUUGGGAAUUAAAAGGUGUUCCUAUUCGUAUUGAAGUCGGACCUAAAGAUAUGAAAGCAAAUCAAAUUGUAGCAGUACGCCGCGAUUCAGGUGAAAAAUUGAUUUUAGCUUUGGAUGAUGUCGACUCAAAAAUUCAGCAACUUCUUGAAACAAUUCACGAUAGCAUGUUGGCGAAAGCACAAUCAGAUUUGGUUCAGCACACAAAAAUAACAAAGAACUGGUCCGACUUUUGCAUGUUUUUAGAUCAGAAGAAUAUAUUACUUUCUCCAUUCUGUGGUGAAACGUCAUGCGAAGAUAAAAUCAAAGCCGAUAGUGCAAGAGAUCAAGAAGCUGAGCCUGGUGCUCCAGCUAUGGGUGCUAAGUCGUUAUGCAUACCAUUCGAUCAACCAGCUGCCAUAACAGUAGCUGACAAAUGCAUUCAUCCAAGCUGCACAAAUAAACCUAAAUUUUACACGCUGUUUGGGCGUAGCUAUUAAAAAGCAUGUAAAAAAUUGGGAUUCAAUUCGAUUGAAUUUAAUAAAAAUAAAUUAAACUUUUAAUGUUAUACAUAUUUGAAAAAACUUUUACAAUUUUGUUAA